CCCCUCUCUGAUUGGCUUGCCGAACGAGUUUGCGCCCCUGCUUAUUGGCUGGUCUCCCGGGAAGGCGACGGCCCAUUGGCGAUCGGUCACGUGGGACGCGUUGGUCUCGGAAGAGUCGGUGUGUGGCGGUGGGGCGCCGGGUGUCGCCGGCCGCAGGUGCGGAUCACCGACAGCAUGGCAGACGUUCCCGAGGAAGACAGGACAAUCAGCCGGUUCCCACCGGUUGUGACGGAGGCACGGAUCAUCGACCGUAUGGCAGACGUUUUCGAGGAAGAGGAGCCGUUCGGCCAGAUGCCGCCGGCUGGGGCAGAGGAGCUGUCGGUGGAGACACUGGGAGCCGGGGCAGAUGAGUGGCUGGACGUCUCCCGACCCUUGGUGAGAGAGAAAAUUCUUGGGGAUGCAGAGGCAGAGGAAAUUUCCUCAGACUUGGAUUGGAACGAUCAGAUGUUCCUCCCACCCCAGACGGCUGGAGGCUCCCAGGAUGUCACGCAAGACGUCUUAACAGAAGCUGGGGCGGUGCUGGAGGGCAAGGCGGCACCCUGUGCAGACGCUGACUCUCGCUCCGGUACAGCAGCCAGCGGCGAACACAGCAUGCUGGAAGGGACAGAGGAAGCCAGCACCGAGUCUCCAGGCCAGACUGUAACCGGUAUUCCACCAGUGUUGCCAACAGUGAGAGACGUGCAGGACAUCCAGGAUCUGGGAUCCCAGGAGGGGGCAGGGAGCGUCCGGAGGAGGCAGCGGACCAGCUCCGAAAAGCCCAGCCCACGUCCAGCACUGGCCGUCCCGGCCGAGGAGGAGGACUGGGGUGGGAUCACCCUGAACAAGUGCCUGCUGGUGGCACUGGUGCUGGUGGGUGUUGGCUUCGGGAUCUUUGGUCCUGCUACCCACCGCAGACCUGACCAAGACCCUGAGCAGCUUGCAGUGGAUUCCGAGCUGUUGGACAAGCGAGCGGCGGACGAGCAUCAACACGGCGACGCGGACGUCCCACCCGGGAGUUCGCUAUGGAUCGAUCCCACACUGGAGAAACCGGGAGGAACGCCCCACACCUUCAGUUCUCUGAAAGUGCCAGUGGAUAACAAAAGCAAUCACGUUCAGACAAAGCGUGUUGAGCUGGAGGCGCAGACGGCGAAGCUGAGCCCGCUGGAGCGUGAGGAGGGCAGGCGUCUGGUGAAGGCAGCAGAGGGUCCUGAGGGGAGGGAGGAGGAGGUGGGGAGGCGGGACGGAGGCAAGCGGAGGUGGAAAGAGGAGGAGAGGGUCAGACAGCGAGUUGGGGAGGAGGAGGGAGGCAAACAGUGGGACAAGGAUGUGGGAGGAUGGUAUAAAGACAGGGACAGGCAGGGCAGACACCAAGCAGACGGGAAGGAUGGACACAGACAGGAAAAGGAGGCUAGACGUCAGAGAGUUGAUGGGGACAAAGGCAGCAGAUGGUACAAGGAGGGCAGAGGGGGGCGAGACGGGGAGGAGAAGAAACGUGUCAAAGAGGGAGGCGUUGAGCAGCGGAGCGAGGAUGAGGGAGACAGACGGUGGGGAGGGACGGAAGGUGGACGGAGAGGUGAGCAGGCAGACAGACAGUGGGGAGGGAAGGAAGGCAAACAGUGGGGAGGGAAGGCAGACAGAUGGGGAGACAAGGAGCCAGACAGACAGUGGGGAGGGAAGGCAGACAGACGGGGAGACAAGGAAGCAGACAGACAGUGGGGAGGGAAGGCAGACAGAUGGGGAGACAAGGAGGCAGACAGACAGUGGGGAGGGAAGGAAGGCAGACGGGGAGACGAAAGAGACAGACAGUGGGGAGGGAAGGAAGGCAGACGGGGAGACAAGGAGGCAGACAGACAGUGGGGAGGGAAAGCAGACAGACGGGGAGACGAGGAAAGAGACAGACAGUGGGGAGGGAAGGAAGGCAGACGGGGAGACAAGGAGAGGGAGAGGUGGUGGGACAAGAAGGAUGAAUGGCGGGGAGAUGAACAGGGCAGACAGAGAGUCAAUGAGGGGAGCAAAUUUCAUGGAGCCAAGGUGAGUCGACAGGGAGAUUGGAAGGGAGACAGAUGGUGGGACAAGAAGGACGGACGACGGGGAGGUGAAGAGGGGGGCAAACGGCAAGAAGACAAGGAAUGGCGCAGAUGGCGGGGAGACGGAGAUGGGGACAGUGAGCUGCAAGCCUGCGGUGACGUGCCGAGCUGUGCCCAGCGGGAAGGACGGGAGCUGUUUGGCGUGGACCUGCACCCCGUCACAGAGCAGCAGCUGGCCUCGGCAGUGGCAGAGUACGUCCGGCACUCCGGCUUGAGCCCGGCACUGGCCCAGGAUCUGACUGCCCGUGCUGCUCCCUUCUUCCUGGGCGGAGUUUUUGCCCACCACCGAGAGCCCCUCGCCUCGUUCUUGGACCGGCUGGAGGAGGAGGUGGAGGAGGCAGCUGAGAGGGAGAUGGGAGACGACGAUGCAGUCACAGACUUCGAGGACUACGUCUGGGCUCGGCUAGUGGGGGAGGAGGCCGUCCGCGACAGGAACGCCAGGAAGCAGAAGGCGGAUCAUCGGCACAGGGAACACGGAGAUCGUCGGGCACCGGGGGGCACCCACAAGAGGGAGAGGGAAGGGAAAUGGUCGCCGAGGGUGAGGGAGGUGCGCGAGGGAGGUGGGCAAGUGACUCCAUAGUCCGGUCACCAUUGUGUGUGUGUGUGUGUGUGUGUGUGGUGUUUCCUUGACAACCUGCCUGUAAAUCUCCGGUGUUGACCUCACAUUUGCGACAGACCCAUGGGUUGACAUUGUUCAACUUUCCUUGCCCCCCCCCACUCCCAAAUGCGAACUCUGCCUGCUCCUCUGAGACCCCCUCCCUCUUCCUCCUCCAUCAGUCACCUCCUGCCCAGACUCCCAAAGACACUCCAGCCUCUGAAACCAGCCUGACUCUGGGAAAUUCGGGCCGGUGAUCCUGGUGUGAGAUCGCUUUCGUGCCUCCCCCAAAGUCUGCGUGCUGUUCUGUGGAGCGGACACUGCUGGUUGGUGUGUUCAGUCCUACUGGGAUCUUCCCAUGCAACUCCAGUAGUCAGGGUGUAUCGGAAGCUGGGCUGUUGCUGGGGUGCGUAGAACGAGGCCCUUGUCCUUUCCCAUAGUUACCUGUUCUCCCCACCCUUUGGCCGUUUAACCCACCAAAUCCACACGUCAUCGGGAUAUGGGAGGGAAAUGGAACGACGGGGGAGUCACGGGGCCGAGGUGGGAAUCGAACCCAGGCCGCAGGAGCUCUGAAGCAGCAGCUCUACCCACUGCGCCACAGGUCCAUGAUGAGGUUUCCUGUGGGCCCAGGGGUGCGGUUAAUUCACCUGAAGCACAGGAAAAAUAAUAUGGAUCAUGGAACUGAAGGCAAUAUUUUAUCUGAAACUGUGCCUAGAUUCAGAGAUGUUCCAGGAUACCUCACUGUGGUGAUCAAUAGUCUGACUUGAGUUGUAAUGGGGGCAAGGUACAUUUGUUCACCACAGUAUCAGAGCUGGUUUCCUUUCUGUUUCUUUGCGUUUUUUUCUCUCAGUAAACGUAGUCCAAUUUGUACCCUUCAUGGGAGCAUGAUGAGACAGUGUAGAGGGAGUUUCACUCUGUGUCUGACCCCGGGAGUGUGUGAUGGGACGGUGUGGAGGGAGUUUCACUCUGUGUCUGACCCCAUGAGUGUGUGAUGGGUCAGUGCGGAGGGAGUUUCACUCUGUGUCUGACCCCGGGUGUGUGUGAUGGGACGGUGUAGAGGGAGUUUCACUCUGUGUCUGACCCCGGGAGUGUGUGAUGGGACGGUGUAGAGGGAGUUUCACUCUGUGUCUGACCCUGGGAGUGUGUGAUGGGACGGUGUGGAGGGAGCUUCACUCUGUGUCUGACCCUGGGAGUGUGUGAUGGGACAGUGUAGAGGGAGCUUCACUCUGUGUCUGACCUCGGGAGUGUGUGAUGGGACAGUGUAGAGGGAGCUUCACUCUGUGUGUCUGUUCUGCACUAAAGAUUUUACAGUUUGACACUUUAUAAAUAAUAUCCCUGGAAUGUGCACUGUUUUGAAAUAGUAACUAUUUAAUUGGGUUAGAGUUAAGCUUUGGUUUAGCCCUUACCUUAUCUAUUUAACUGAUUGAGUUGAAUCUUGUGGACUUGAUAUUAAAGUCAGUGUCAAGAUUGUGUACAUAUUGAAUAAAACUGACUUCUAACUUCA